AUGCGGAAAGUGAAGGAAUUUCUUAAUUAUGCGGAAGCAGAAGUAAGGUCCUUGGCUUCAUUCUAUUCAGGAGUGGGAAGAAACGUGGAUGGCUUAAUUCGCUACUUUGGUGAAGACCCUGCUAAGUGCCAUUUUGAAAAAGUGGUGGCGACUCUUCUAGAUUUUGUAAGACUGUUCAAUCGUGCGCGUGAAGAAAACGAAAAACACUUCGAGGAGGAAGCCAAGAAGAAUGCUGAAAAGGAGAAAACGUAA